AUGCGCUUUAUCAGCAUUGAGAAGCUCAGCGAGACACAGAAUGACGCCGCACGUAUCAGGAACAUAUGUAUCCUGGCACACGUGGAUCAUGGAAAGACUACUCUGGCUGAUUCUCUCGUUGCGAGCAACGGCAUCAUAUCCAACAAGCUGGCUGGGAAACUUAGGUACCUGGAUAGUAGACCGGACGAACAGAUGCGUGGGAUCACGAUGAAAUCUAGCUCCAUAACGCUGUAUCAUGUACACAACGGGACGGACCAUGUGAUAAAUUUGAUCGAUUCACCAGGACACGUGGACUUCUCCUCUGAAGUUUCAACAGCAGUCAGACUGUCGGAUGGAGCUGUCAUUCUAGUUGACGUGGUGGAAGGUGUGUGUCCCCAGACGCGUAGCGCCUUGUCUAUAGCCUACGUCGAGGGUUUGAAACCUAUUUUAGUACUUAAUAAGGUUGACCGAUUGAUCACGGAGAUGCAGUUGACGCCAUUAGAUGCUUACGUACGUUUGACACAAGUCUUGGAACAAGUGAAUGCCAUCAUGGGGGAGUUGUUCGCGAGCGACGUGAUGGAACGUGAAGAACGCGAGGAGAUGGUCGCGUCUACGUGGGACAAGGUGAACGAAAGGGAUCUGGCCGAUUGGCAAUCCGUAUUGGAGGAGAUAGAUGACUCAAAUUUAUACUUCUCUCCGGACCAAGGCAACGUUCUUUUUACCAGUGCAAUCGAUGGCUGGGGAUUCGGUAUCAAGGAAUUCGCUAGAAUUUAUUCGAACAAAUUAGGAUUUAGCGAAAAGGUCUUGCGCAAAACGCUGUGGGGGGAUUUUUAUAUAAAUAACAAAACGAAGAGGAUCAUGAAGGGGGCCCAGGAGAAGGCUAAGAAGCCACUUUUCGUUCAGCUGAUCUUGGAUAACGUCUGGGUGCUGUACGAGACGAUAGUGAUACGAAAAGAUAAAGAUAAAUUGCCAACUAUAGCCGAAAAGUUAAAUAUUAAGUUGACAACGCGCGACUUGAGGCAUACAGAUCCGAAGGCACAGCUGCAAGCCGUUUGCUCGCAGUGGCUUCCUCUGGCGCAAAAUUGUCUCGAUAUGGUAUGCGAGAAGGUUCCAGCACCGCAUAAUUUAACUGACGAGAAAAUCGAACGAUUGAUAAGUGGAAACAACGACUUCUCCGCUCUGCCUCUUGAAACGCAGCAACUGAAGAGAGCAUUCUUAUCGUGCAAUCCAUCGUUCGAGGCACCGACUAUCGUAUUCGUAUCGAAAAUGUUUCCAGUGGAGAAGGAUAUGCUGCCCGAAAACAGACCGAAGUCACUAACAUCGGAAGAAUUGGCACAGAGAAGAGAAAUUGUUCGACAGAAGCAUGCAGAGCGACUGGAGCGAAAGAUAUGUAUUACCAUUGAAAAUCAUCAAGAUAACGAGGAAGAUACGAUAGUCCCCAAUAACAUAAAUCACGAGAAUGUCGUCGAGGAUAAAUUAACGGACGGUGCAUUAGUAGCCUUCGCCAGAGUAUAUUCGGGAACUAUAAAGACUGGAGAUGAGGUAUUCGUUUUAGGACCGAAACAUAAUCCCACUAUUGCUUUGGAACGCGAGAAAACGGGCGAGAAGGUGGAUCCGUCCCACGUGCUGAAGGAUUUAAGGCCUGGCAGACAUAUUACGAAGGUGACUGUAAAUAAAUUGUACAUUCUUAUGGGAAGAGAGCUCGAGGCCGUAAAUAACGUGCCGGCGGGUAAUGUUUUCGGAAUUGGUGGCCUAGAGGAGCACGUUUUGAAGACCGCGACUCUUUCGACGACAAUCGCCUGCCCUUCUUUCACAGAGCUAACUUCUCUCGCAGUUCCUAUAUUGAGAGUAGCCCUGGAGCCGAAACAUCCCAACGACUUGCCAAAGCUCAUCAACGGUCUGAAAUUGUUGAACCAAGCGGAUGCCUGCGCCAUCGUUCACAUACAAGAGACUGGUGAGAUCGUCCUGAGCACCGCAGGUGAAGUUCAUCUGGAGAGAUGCCUGGAGGAUCUCAAGUUGAGAUACGCCAAGAUCGAUAUUAACGUGUCCGAUCCAAUCGUGCCAUUUCGCGAAACCAUAGUGCCACCUCCGAAACUCGACAUGGUGAACGAGGCGAUCGAGAAGAAGGUGGCGGAAGUCAACCUUGAAGUGUGGACGUCAAACCGGCAGUGUCGUCUUGAAAUAGACACGAGACCUCUUCCGGAAAACAUAACAAAAUUACUAGAGAAAAAUGCAAAUCUGAUAAAAUUAUUGGACAGUUACUGCGACAGAUAUACAGAGGAGAAUGGGGAACACAAGGAUGCCGGCGAGAAUCAACUAAACGAGAGAUCCAUGUCUGAUAAGAAGCAGAAGGAAGCAAAGGUAUUCAAGAACGAAUUGGAAGCAGCUUUUCUCGAAACGGGAUGGAAGGAUAAUGUACUGGAUAAAAUAUGGUCGUUUGGUCCACGAAAAUGUGGGCCCAAUAUCUUGUUAAACGAAACUGAUUACAAACAGAAGAAAUUUUGGGAGCAGCAAAACACGAAUGUCGAUUCCCGAGCAGCAUACGAUAACAGUAUAGUUAAUGGAUUUCAACUUGCUACUCUGGCUGGUCCUUUAUGCGAGGAGCCUAUGAUGGGCGUUUGCUUCGUGGUGAAGAAGUGGGAAAUUUUUGAGACUCCACAAAGCGAUUCCGGUGGCCAGAGCCAAGGGCACUUGGGCGGUCAAUUAAUGUCGGCGUGUAAAGAGGCUUGUCGACGGAUUUUCAGCCUGCGACACCCUCGAUUAAUGACGGCGAUGUAUAGCUGUAGCGUUUUAGUCAACUCCGACGUUCUCGGGAGAUUGUAUGCUGUGUUCGGUAAAAGACAAGGCCGUAUCGUAUCUACGGAAAGUGCUUACGGCUUCGGUGGACAAUUCAGAGUAUUGGCCACUCUACCGGUUCUAGAGAGCUUCCAUCUCGCAAGAGAACUACGGACGCAAACGUCCGGAUUGGCUAGUCCGCAACUAGUUUUUAGUCAUUGGGAGGUAAUAGAACAGGAUCCUUAUUGGGUGCCAUCCACGGAGGAAGAAUAUCUCCAUUUUGGUGAAAAGGCAGACAGCGAUAACCGAGCUAAAUGCUACAUGGAUGCAGUUCGUCGAAGAAAAGGCCUUCCUGUGGAUUCCCAAUUAGUUACGCAUGCUGAAAAACAACGCACUCUUUCUAAAAACAAGUGAUGCGACGAUUCUCAUUAAUGUGAAGCCUUUAAAAAUCGCAUAUACUCAAAGUUUCAUCCUUGUCGUAGAAACUCAAUAAUCUUACGUCCACUAAAUUUAUGAAAUCAAUGCAAAUAUAUGUAUA